AUGGCUGCCCCCCCUGCUGCUGCCCCCUCAACAAGGGGUGCAGCAGGGGGAGUACGGGGUGUUGCAGGAGCAGCAGGAACAGCAGCAGCAGGAGUUGGGGGGAACGCAGUUGGCGCUACGGCUCCCGCGGCGGCGGCGGCGGCAGCAGCAGCAGCGUUGGGAGCAGUAGCUGCAGUUGCUGGCGGCGUGCCUUCACUGUCUCGUGUAGCGUUGAGCCAAUCUGCACCACCUGCCUGCAUUAAUGGGGUUUAUCGCGUUGGACGGAAGAUCGGCAGCGGUUCCUUUGGGUGCCUAUACGAAGGGGUGGACCAGAGAGGCAGAGAAGUGGCAAUUAAGUUGGAGCCUGCAAACACCAAACACCCCCAGCUGCUUUAUGAGGCAAGAAUCAUCAAGUUCCUGCAAGGAGGAGUUGGCAUUCCCGUUUGUUUUUGGUACGGGCUGGAGGGGGAGUGGCACGCGAUGGUCAUGGAGCGGCUUGGGCACUCCCUGGAGUAUUUGUUCAACGCCUCGCAGCGCGUCUUCAGUUUACCCACAGUCCUGCAGCUCGGCAUCCAAAUGGAGUCUAUCUGCGUUUUGCUGCAGCUGGAUCGCCUGGCGUACAUACAUCAGAGAAACUGCAUCCACCGCGACGUGAAACCCGACAACUUUCUGGUUGGCCGGCACGCGGACGGCCUUCGGGUGUAUUUGAUUGACUUUGGCCUUGCGAAGAAAUACAGAGAUAGCCACGGCAAGCAUAUUCCGUAUAAGGAGGGGAAAAACCUCACGGGAACGGCUCGCUACGCCUCCCUCGCCACACAUUUGGGGGUGGAGCAGGCACGGCGGGACGACCUGGAGGGUUUAGGUUACGUGUUGUUGUAUUUUAUGCGGGGGUCUUUGCCUUGGCAGGGACUCAAGGCGACGAGUAAAAGGGACAAAUAUUCAAAGAUUACGCAUACGAAAAUGAGCGUAGACCUCCACGCCUUGUGCGGAGGGCUCCCCGAAUGCUUCACCGUCUACAUGACUUAUUGCCGAGCGCUGCACUUUGCAGAUGCUCCCGACCACAACUAUUUGAGGGGCCUCUUCUUAGACGCCCUGCAGCAACAACCUAAGCUGCUGUUGGCGCCCUUCGACUGGAUUCCAAUUGUUGGUUGCUGCUCCUGCGCUGCAUGCCAGCGACAAGGGCCGAUGCCCAGUGUUCAGCAGCAGGAAGAGCAGCUGAGGCAGGUAGGGCUCUGUCUAGGCAAAGCUGGGGGUGCGGCCACCCAAAGAACAGCAGCCUGGCGCUCGUCACCUGCUCAGAGGCAGCAGCAGCUCCAGCAGCUGCAGCAACAGGAGCCAGAGGAGUGGAGGCCCUGGAGGCCCCAAAGAGGGCGGGCCGCCCGGUGCACGUAG